CCUAUUCCUCCUCCUCCUCUUCUUCUUCAUCAUCUCUGUGUGUUACUUUGCUACUUUGAUCAUCUGGAUUAUUAGUGAACAGUUGAGUUGAUUAUUUCGGUAUUCAUCAAAAAGAUUAUAACGAAUUAACAGUCAAAACAUCAUAAUGUUAGGACAUAAACAUCAUUCUCAUCAUCAUGAUGAAUUUGAACAAAAUCAAUUUUUGGGGAAAGAAUUGAAAUAUUUCUCUCAAGCUGGGUUUGAUCUAGAUAGGAUACAUAUCAGUCGUAACGCUCCAAUCGCUUCUCUAUACGAAGAUGCUAUCCUUAACGAAGGAGCUGUCAUCUCUUCUAGUGGAGCUUUGAUCAAUUUCUCAGGCAAGAAAACUGGGAGGAGCCCGAAAGAUAAACGUAUCGUUUUUGAAGAGACUAGUAAGGAUGAGAUUUGGUGGGGACCUGUGAAUAUCAAGAUGGACGAACAUACUUUUGAAAUCAAUCGUGAGAGGGCCAUCGAUUACCUCAACACUCGCGAAAACGUCUAUGUCUUCGACGGGUUCGCAGGUUGGGAUCCCAAGUAUCGAAUCAAAGUUCGAGUCAUUGCCAGUCGCGCGUACCAUGCGUUGUUCAUGCACAACAUGCUUAUCCGCCCCACUGCUGAGGAGUUGGCCAACUUUGGCGAUCCCGAUUUCAUCAUCUACAACGCGGGUCAAUUCCCCGCUAAUCGUUUCACCACCGGUAUGACCUCCACCACCUCUGUAGAGGUCAAUUUCAAACGUAUGGAAAUGGUCAUCCUCGGUACCGAAUACGCUGGCGAAAUGAAAAAAGGAAUCUUCUCCGUCAUGCAUUACCUCCAACCGGUCAAAUUUGGACAACUCUCACUCCACUCUUCUGCCAAUCAAGCGAAAACGACCGAUGGAUCUGAAGGUGACGUCACGUUGUUCUUUGGAUUGAGUGGGACUGGAAAGACGACACUCAGUGCGGAUCCUAAUCGACUUUUGAUCGGUGAUGAUGAACAUGUGUGGAGUGACACUGGUGUUUUCAAUAUUGAAGGUGGAUGUUAUGCCAAGUGCAUCAACUUGAGUGCCGAGAAGGAACCCGAAAUCUUCGGUGCCAUCCGAUUCGGUUCUAUCCUGGAAAACGUCGUUUACAACCCUGCGGAUCGUAAACCAGACUACGACGAUGUUUCCAUUACCGAAAACACUCGAUGUGCCUAUCCUAUCGAAUACAUUCCCAACGCUAAGAUUCCCUGUAUAGCAGCUCGUCAACCAUCAAACAUUAUCAUGUUAACUUGUGACGCAUUCGGUGUCUUACCUCCCGUAUCUCGUUUAACACCCGAACAAGCUUCUUAUCACUUUGUAGCCGGUUACACAUCAAAAACACCCGGUACGGAAGAUGGUAUCCUUGAACCUUCUCCAACAUUCAGUACAUGUUAUGGUCAACCUUUCAUCAUACUUCAUCCCGGUCGUUAUGCAGCAAUGUUGGCAGAAAGGAUGGAAAAAACAAAAGCCAAUUGUUGGUUGAUCAAUACAGGUUGGACAGGUGGGAAAUUUGGUACUGGAAAACGUUGUCCAUUGAAAUAUACAAGAGCUAUAGUGGAUUCUAUUCAUGAUGGAACAUUAGCAAAAGCUGAAUUUGAAACUUUCCCAGUUUUCAAUUUGAGUAUUCCGAAACAUGUCAAUGGUGUACCUAGUGAAAUACUUCAUCCGGAAAAAGUAUGGCAAGAUAAAACGGCUUUCAAUAAUGAAGUUAGAAGAUUGGCAGGUAUGUUCCAAAAGGCUUUUGCGAAAUAUGAAGAUGCUAUUGAUCCUGUCGUUAAGAAUUCUGGACCUAUACUUUGAUACAUGGAAUGAUGGAUGUUCGGAGAGGAGAGACAAGGAGGGGUGGGAUGAGAUGAGAGGGGAGAGGAUGAGGAGAUGUUUUAGACGGUUACGGGUGUAACGGUUUUUGUCUAAUGUGUCUUUUUUCCAUUUCUUCUAUGGCACAAGGCCUCACAUGCAUGUGUGUAUGUCUAUGA